CGGGUCCCGUCAUUUCUCAUCCCAUCUAUGCCUCUUCAGCAGCUGGUUCUAGCAUCGUGCUUCUGUUUAUAUAGAGUGUUCUGUUCCAACUUUUAGCCGGCACCAUGAAGCUCCGCAUCGUCGCUGCGAUGUGUUUAGUUCUUAUCGUGGCGUCCGCGAUGGUCGUCACCACUGCUGCAGCUGGCUGCGACAUCGACCUCCUCUUGCCCUGCUUGAAUGCUAGCAGGGACCCCCGCGUCAAGCCCGACAAGCGUUGUUGCGAUGCCAUCCGUCAAUUUCUUCCGCCCAGAAAGCAGAAGAGCGCAAUCGACUGCUUGUGUAGACUGGCCACAAGCAAGGAGGCUGUCGCACUUAAAAUCAACCUGAGUGCCGCUAUUGCUAUUCCCCAGAAGUGCGGCAUCAAAUUCGAACAGAGAUUUUACUGCCAGGGGAGGUUGGUGCCUGGAAGCUAAGUGGAUUCGUUCACAAUGGUCAGCAAGCCAAGACUCUCCGAUACUCGAUCAAAUAUCUUAUGGCUUAGGUUGAGCAGUUCCGUAGCUGCAUGUUUGUGUCGGAGUCUAGGGAGUUGGCCGACUGCAGGAGCUGCAGCUGCUGGAGUGAAAAAAUCGUAGAGCACUGAUGUCUAUGCAAUGUAGCUCGUAGUCGGACCACUGAGGUUUGCGGUGUGUUCAUGUCGACGUUUUAUGAAAUACCAAGAUACCAUUUGCAGAUUGAA